UAUAAUUUGAUGAAACAAAUUUUGUUCUUAGUGGACGCAAAAGUACGCUUCCCGCACGCAGAUAGACACCGGACUAACACCUCUGUUUCUUUCCAAUCAUCAAACCCUCUCUCAGUCUGAUUUGUGGUCGUUGACAAGUAAUUUCUUUUUCUUUUUCUUUUUUAGUUGUGAUAGUACCUACCCUAUUGUAGAAGAGCGACGCCACGAUGGUGUUUCCAGAGGAAGAGAUAACGAGGCUAUAUAGGAUUCGUAAGACGGUCAUGGUGAUGCUUAGGGACAGGAAUUACCUCGUCGGAGACUUUGAGGUUAACAUGUCCAAACACGAGUUCAAGGAAAAGUACGGCGAGAACAUGAAGAGAGAAGACCUUGUUAUCAACAAGACUAAAAAAGAUAAACCCUCCGAUCAGAUCUACGUUUUCUUCCCGGAGGAAGUUAAAGUCGGCGUCAAAACAAUGAAGACUUACACUAACCGUAUGAACUCCGAGAAUGUGUACAGAGCAAUCCUUGUUUGUCAGACCAGCCUCACUCCCUUCGCGCGAACUUGCAUCGCUGAAGUCUCUUCUAAAUUUCACUUGGAAGUCUUUCAGGAGGCGGAACUUUUGGUUAACAUAAAGGAACAUGUGCUUGUGCCUGAACAUCAGGUGCUUACUGAAACUGAGAAGAAAACUUUACUUGAGAGAUACACUGUCAAAGAAACUCAACUACCUAGAAUCCAGGUGACAGAUCCUGUUGCAAGAUAUUAUGGUCUGAAGCGUGGACAAGUUGUUAAGAUAAUCCGGCCAAGUGAGACUGCAGGAAGAUAUGUUACAUACCGAUUUGUUGUAUAAUGAUUUUCCUCCUUGCCCAUUGAUAUUUAUGAGAAACUUGAACAGUGAUUAUACAGCCUUUUUUUUUUAAUGGUUGACAAUAACUACGUUUUUGUAGCUUGUGUUUACCUACUAGUUCUAAGCCUCGUGAAAUAUGGUUAAAAUGAUUUUAAUGUCUACUCAGAGUCCGAUGCUAAAUUUCAUCAUGGAAACAUUGACUUUUAUUUAGUUCUAUAUCCCUACUCAAAUUGCUAAGCCA